UCGGGUUCCGUGCGCGGCCGGGAGUGCGGGCGGGGUCCCUGGCCGGGCUGUGCCUCCGGAAUCUGAGGCUUCCCGGGAGCGCGCAGGCCGGGCCACGUGGGGACGCGGAGCCGGGAGUGCAAGGUCUGGCCUCAGCAUGGCCGCCCUGCUUGUACGGAGCGUGGUGGCUUCUGUCGUGGACCCGCUCCUGCGCCUGAGUCGCCUCUCUAUGAAGCCCCGGGCCUUCUCCUCGUUCCUGCUGGGGACCCUACCGAGCGCCAAACCCUGCGCGGAGGCGCGCGCACUUCUCUGGGGCCGCCCCCUGCCGCACCUGCAGCCGUCGCAGGGCUUCAAAACCAAGGAUGUCCUCAAGAGGCGUUGUAGGGACUGUUACAUGGUGAAGAGGCGUGGGCGGUGGUUCGUCCUCUGUAAGACCAACCCCAAGCAUAAACAGCGGCAAAGGUAGCUUUCAAGCAGUGUCCAUGGGGAAUUCGUUUCACCUUAUCAAAGAAAAAUAAAUUCAGCAUUCUGUAAGAUCUGUGGGCCUUAGGGCUUUGUUGAGCCCCCUUACCCCACACCGUAGCCCAGUUCCUUCAAAUCUAGUCAGACCAGAGGUGCAGAUAAGGAAGGAUUGUUACUGUUCUGGCUCUGUAACCCUGACUGACCUGAAACUUGGCAGAGAACCCUGCCUCUGCCUCCCUGGCAUUCUUCAUCAAAUGCAGCAGAAUCCAGUGCUUUAAGAGGCUGACUGGGCCGGAAAGCUCAUAUGGGGAGCACAACAGUCCCAACCUUUACUCAAGGAAAAACUCUUUGACUAUAAAUAUCUUCUGAAACCAAUUAAAAUGUUUGUCAAGACUGUUCUAAAA